CGGGGAGAGAGAGAGAGAGAGAGAGAGAGAGAGAGAGAGAGAGAGAGAAACUCCGAACAGAACACUGUUAUGCCACGGCAGUGACGAUUUGACUGUUUUGAUAAUCGGUUAAAGGGGAAACUUUGUGUCGGGUGAAGUUUUUAGAAACCGGAAGCUGAGUUGAGAAAUGAGUUUAAACGAACACUCUCUGCAGGCUCUGUCAUGGAGAAAGCUGUAUCUGAGCCGAGCGAAGCUAAAGGCCACCAGCAGGACCUCAGCACUGCUCUCAGGCUUCGCCAUGGUGGCGAUGGUGGAGGUGCAGUUGGAGCGUGAUUACCCGUACCCGCCCCUGCUCCUGAUUGCGUUCAGCGCCUGCACCACAGUGUUGGUUGCAGUCCAUCUCUUCGCCCUGAUGAUCAGUACCUGCAUCCUGCCCAACAUUGAGGCUGUGAGUAACGUUCACAACCUGAACUCGGUGAAGGAGUCUCCUCACGAGCGCAUGCACCAUCACGUGGAGCUCGCCUGGGCCUUCUCCACCGUCAUCGGCACCUUCCUGUUCCUGAUCGAGGUUCUGCUGCUCUGCUGGGUCAAGUUCCUCCCGCAGAAAAUGUUGCUGAAAAACCACGACGGCCAAACCGGCCAGCUGGCCACUAACUCCACCGGGAUCAGUGCCGGAGAGGCCGCUGCCUACGCCUCCACCUUCAUCAUCAUCCCCUGUGGCAUCGUCUUCAUCAUCUUCGCUGUCCAUUUUUAUCGCUCGCUCGUCAGCCACAAAACCGACCGUCAGUUUCAGGAACUUGAGGAGCUCUCCAACCUCACCAGGCUUCAGAAUCAGCUCGACAAUCGAGUGGAGGCUCCAAACAUCCAGAACACUCCUGCGCACUUCCCCUGAACCCUCGCCAUGGCAACGGGAUCCUGAAUCAACACAGCGUUAGUUCACAUUAGCGUCUUUAUAAAAGAUGCCAAGUUUUUAUAGUCACUCUUUAUACUAAAAGAACUGACUCAUUUUCUUCAUCUUUUAUUUUGUGCUGUUAUUGUUUUGGUUUCAGAAGUGGGCGGAGCUUUAAACAGUAGGAGCUACUUUACAGCUAGCUAAAGUGAGGCUACAAUUUUACUUCUUCAAUAUGAUUUAUGGUCACAGCAUCACAGUAACUGUUGUCAAAUAUGAUGGAUAACUAGCAUGAGCUAUAGAUGCUAGCUAGCGUCUAACUUUACUGCUCUGUUUUCACUGAUGACAUCCAGAGAUUCAUCCAAGUUUAUGCUAAUUCAUCUGUGUUCAAAACAAUAAACAUUUGUAAAAAAUAUAUAUAUAAAAAAGAUUGAUUAGUGAACCAACAACAUUUGAAAAAUAAUGCUAAUUAGCUAAGCAAAACUUUUAUGUUGAUGAACUAUUUACAAAUUUUAGAAAUAAAUUAGAAUUUAUGCUAAUGCGCUAAUCAAAGUAACCACCUGUACCAGUUUGUAACAGUUAUCUGGUCUAUUUGUGGUGUUUAAUGAUCUGAUCUAAAUCUGAUCUAAAUCUGAUCUAACUGUAACUGUGCAGGAUGUAAAAUGUGGAUUACUUUCAUUACAAUUAGGGAUUUAAUAAAUAAACCGUCCUAUACAACACACGCUAAUAUAGAUGGGGCUAUUAAAGUGGGUGGAGCUAAUGUUGGAAGAAAAUGGGGUAAAAAUAUUAUUAAAUGUUAAAAUAUUUAUUUUCAAAUAUUUCAUUUAAAAUGAUGAAAGCAGACAGUGUUACUGAGUGUGCUGUUAGCAUUAGCAUGUACGUUAACGCGGUGCGUGUGGUGCGUGUGGUGCGUGUGGUGCGUGUGGUGCGUGUGGUGCGUGUGGUGCGUGUGGUGUUAAUGUUAGCGCAGUAACAGAUGAAAUUUAAUUUCAGGGCCAGAAAAGUACAAGCAAUUUCCUUCUUUUUCACUUAAUAUUAUGUUUAUUAUUAUUAUUUUUAUACAUUUUUACCUCCAUUUUCUCCCUAAAUAGUGAUAUUGUUAUUAUAAUGUAGUCGUGUGUCAGUGUUUUACAAGUUUGACACUUUACGAUUACGUCACUUUAAAAAUAUUUGAAUAAAUGAAAAAAUAAUUAAGAUAAAACAAACAAUCAGAGUUUAAUAUUCUUCUUUACCUUCUGAUUAAAGCUCAACUGCUUUUCAGGAAGUCCUUUGUUUACAUUUACGGCAUUUAGCAGACACCCUUAUCCAGAGUGACUUACAAUGAGCAACUGAGGGUUAAGGGCCUUGCUCAGGGGCCCAGCAGUGGCAGCUUGGUGGACAUGGGGUUCAAACCCAUGACCUUCCGAUCAGUAGCCCAACACCUUAACCACUGCUACCACUUCCCUAGUGUGUGAAUGCCCUAGUGUGUGAAUGCCCUAGUGUGUGAAUGCCCUCAUGUGAGUGUCUUUGUGUGAGAGCUCGCAUGUGAGUGCCCUCGUGUGAGUGCCCUCGUGUGAGUGUCUUUGUGUGAGUGUCCUCAUGUGAGUGUCUUUGUGUGAGAGCUCGCAUGUGCGGGUCCUCAUGUGAGUGUCCUCGUGUGAGUGUCCUCAUGUGAGCCCUUUCACACACACAUUGAGUCAGUGUUGAACUCGUCUCACCUGCUGAUCCUCUCCAGACGAAGUGUUUCUCUGUUUUUGAGCCCGACUCCUGCUGUAGUGUUUGAGGUGUUUAAUUCUCUCCUGAUCUCCAGCUUUAAGCCUCUGUUCAGUAUUUCAGUAUUUUACACAGUGUGACUUUCUACUGAUGUUUUAUUUCAGAUUUAAACUCUGAAACUCAGACGGUUCUAAAGACGGGACAAAAAAAGUUCUUUUAAACCUUUCUGUAUCACAAUAUUGUGUUUAAUGUGUGUAUUUUUCAUCAGAUGUUUAUUACAAUAAUCACCAAAUUCUCUGUAGGGAAUAAAUCAGAACUCCAAACUCUU